CUACCUCUUAUGAAAUAAGAAAUGAAUGGGAUGGAUGAAACAUCUAAAAGAAUCCUAGAGCCAUACCAGUAUUUACUUCAACUACCAGGUAAGCAAGUGAGAACCAAACUGUCACAGGCCUUUAAUCACUGGCUGAAUGUUCCAGAAGAUAAAAUACAGGUUAUAAUUGAAGUGACAGAAAUGUUGCACAAUGCAAGCCUGCUUGUGGACGACAUUGAAGACAACUCAAAGCUACGACGGGGCUUUCCAGUGGCACACAGUAUCUAUGGAAUUCCAUCUGUAAUCAACUGUGCUAAUUAUGUGUAUUUCCUUGGCUUGGAGAAGGUUUUAACACUUGAUCAUCCAGACGCUGUUAAAGUUUUUACCCGCCAACUACUGGAACUCCAUAAAGGUCAAGGCUUGGAUAUUUACUGGAGGGAUACGUACACCUGUCCUACAGAAGCUGAAUAUAAAGCUAUGGUAUUGCAAAAGACAGGUGGUCUCUUUGGAUUAGCUGUAGGCCUCAUGCAGCUGUUUUCAAACUAUAAAAAAGACUUAAAGCCACUUCUUAAUACGCUUGGCCUCUUCUUCCAAAUAAGAGAUGACUAUGCCAACUUGCACUCCAAAGAAUAUAGUGAAAACAAGAGUUUUUGUGAAGACUUAACUGAGGGCAAGUUUUCUUUCCCAACCAUUCAUGCAAUUUGGUCGCGACCUGAAAGUACUCAGGUGCAAAACAUUUUACGUCAAAGGACGGAGAACAUAGAUAUAAAAAAAUACUGUGUACAUUACCUUGAAAAUUUGGGUUCCUUUGAGUACACUCGGAAUACAUUGAAAGAGCUUGAAUCUGAAGCCUAUAAACAAAUUGAAUCACUUGGGGGAAACCCUGAGCUUGUAGCACUAGUCGAACAGCUGAGCAAAAUGUUCAAAGAAAAUGAAAAUUAAGUUUCACACCUGUGUUAAAACACUUUUCUUGGUAGCCAUGUUAUGGAAAUUACUGUUAAAAACAAUGUCAUAGAGCAUUGGAAGAUAUACCCUGUUAUCUAUACAGUCUUAACUAUAGCCUCUUACAGAUGCUUUGUUAAAGCAGAUGUACUCAAACUGAAACACGUUUUGAAUCUGAAUGUGAUCAUCUUUACAAAAUUAUCAGCAUCAUUUCAGGCCUAAACCUCCUAUCUUUAAGCAGGCUGCUGUAGGUUUCUGUCUGAAACUCUGUAUUAAAUGAAAUCUGAUCUGAAUGUAUUAUGCAUUUUCAAACAAUGCUCUGGUAAACCAAAAUGUACAAUCUAAAAUAAGAAAAGAUGAUACUUGCAACCGCAGUGCACAUAAAACUGUUGUGUGCUGUAUCUAAGUUAGGCUUGUGAAGAUCAGAUGGAUCAGCUUACUAAGUUCUAAGUGAAUAUCCUAUUGAGCUUCUGGGGAUAUUUUCAGAGUAAUGCAAAUGAUGAAAGGUAGUAUUUUAUAUGUGAGUAAAACUAACAUUUAGUCUGAAAUUGUAGCUUUAUGAAGAUUUCUAAGUACCUUAAAAAUUCCAUUGCAUCAGCAAAGCAUAAAUUUGCUGCUAAUUCCAGCUCUGCAAUGAGUAAUUUUGAUAGCCUGGUUUUAGAUCUUUAAAGUAUCAAAUAUUUUGUAGCCAGGUAUUUAAAUCUAUGCAUUAGAGCUCAUUCAUGUAACCAUAAAUAGCAAUGUAGGAAAGUGCUACUAGAAAGGAAAUGAGAUUCACACCAGGUAACUCUAGGACAUGGUUAAUCAGUACAGGUCUUUGCUCGUAAUUGAAAGAGGUGUCUCUGGAAGCUGGUUCAUAAUUCAUACUGCAUUCCUCUUCUGAAUUGGUACUGGAAGCAUGUUACAGGUCUCUCCAAAGAGACAAGUUCUGUAACUUUUUUUGCUAAAACAAAGUGCAACAUCUUGUUUCACAGGCUAUAACAUGGCUUCAAUUUUGUUAAUUGUCGAAGUAAUGCUUUAAAAUUAUGCACUCAA